AUGCCGGAGCGGAAUGUGGUCUCGUGGUCUGCCCUCAUUGGUGGCUACGCGGAUGCUGGGAUGCACCCUGCAGCACUCUGCAUCUUCCGCUCGGCACUGGAGGAGGCUGUGCAGGUCAAUGACUUCACAGUUUCGUGCAUUGUCCGUGUGUGUGCUGCAGCCACACUCUUUGAGCUUGGGGCACAGGUGCAUGCCCGGUCUAUAAAGACAGCACUUGAUGCAUCACCGUUUGUGGGCAGCUCGCUUGUUUCUCUCUACUCCAAGUGUGGCCUUGUGGAUUGUGCUUACCAGGUGUUUAGUGCAGCACCUGAGAGAAACCUUGGGAUUUGGAACGCAGUGCUCAUUGCAUCUGCACAGCAUGGCCAUACUUCCACAGCAUUUGAACGUUUCACAAAGAUGCAGAAUGCCGGGUUCCGUCCUAACUUCAUUACCUUCCUGUGUUUACUCACAGCAUGUAGCCACGCUGGUCUUGUCGAUGAGGGGAAGCGAUAUUUUUCCCUCAUGAAAGAAUAUAGAAUUGAACCGCAGGUUGAACAUUAUGCUGCAAUGGUUGACCUACUUGGUCGUGUAGGACGUAUAACUGAAGCACUGGACCUUAUUGAGUCAAUGCCCAUGGAACCACCUGAUUCUGUUUGGGGUGCACUCCUAAUGGCAUGUCGCAUGUUCAAGGAUGCAGACACUGCGGCAAUUGCUGCAAAGAGACUGUUUGAGACAGGGUCUCGCAGCUCUGGUGCACACAUGCUCUUGUCAAGCACGUAUGCAGCUGCAGGAAGGCAUGUCGAUGCAGCACUUGCAAGGAAGGCAAUGCGUGAUGCAGGUAUACGGAAAGAGACUGGUCUUAGCUGGCUUGAGGCUGCAGGAGAGGUGCAUACCUUUGUUUCAAACUGCAGGAGACAUCCAAGAAGCAGCGAAAUUUAUAAUGUGCUGGAGAAAGUUGGUAAGAAAAUGGCGGCAGCUGGUUAUGUGGCAGACACUAGUGCAGUAGUUAAGGAUGUGGACAGAGAUGAGAAGUGCGCAUCACUGGGGUAUCACAGCGAAAGGCUAGCAAUAGGGUUAGGGCUCUUGAUUGUUCCGGAAGGUGUGCCAAUCCGAGUUAUGAAGAACUUAAGAGUGUGUGAUGAUUGUCACAAUGCAGUUAAGUACCUCAUUGAUCCUUGCAAGCUUCUCUAUGCUUUGAAAUACAGGAUGAAUGGUUGCCAGAAGCAUUUCCUGUCAAAUAUGAGUUCUCUAAGAGGGUUUGGAAAUAUCGCCAGAAGAUGGAGAGAACUCAACGGUGCGAAUUACUGGAAGGGGCUACUUGAUCCUCUUGACGUCGACCUCCGGAAGAAUAUCAUCAACUAUGGUGAGCUCUCACAGGCAGCAUACACUGGGCUCAACAGAGAGAGAAGGUCAAGGUACGCUGGGUCUUGCCUCUUCAGACGCAAGGACUUCCUCAGCAGGGUAGAUGUAUCAAACCCUAAUCUAUAUGAGAUUACGAAGUUUAUAUAUGCAAUGUGUACGGUGAGCUUGCCGGAUGAUUUCAUGAUAAAGCCGCUGUCAAAGGCCGCAUGGAGCAAGCAAUCAAAUUGGAUGGGGUUUGUUGCUGUGGCCACCGACGAGGGUAAGGAAGUGCUCGGGAGGCGGGAUGUGGUGGUGGCAUGGCGUGGGACAAUACGGGUGCUAGAGUGGAUGGAUGACCUUGAUAUUUCCUUGGUGCCUGCUUCAGAAAUAGUACGACCAGGCAGUGCCCAUGACCCCCGUGUUCAUGGAGGAUGGUUGUCCGUCUACACGAGUACUGACCCAGGGUCUCGGUACAAUAAACAGAGUGCACGAUAUCAGGUGUUGGAUGAAGUCGAAAGGCUGCAGGAUCUGUACAAGCAAGAGGAGACCAGCAUCACCAUAACAGGUCACAGCCUUGGGGCCGCUCUUGCAACCAUUAGUGCUACCGACAUUGUCUCCAACGGCUACAACAAGACCUGCCCGGUAUCGGCCUUCGUGUUUGGUAGCCCCAGAGUGGGCAACUCCGACUUCCAGAAAGCAUUUGACAGUGCAGAAGAUCUGAGGUUGCUCCGUGUCCGGAACUCCCCUGACGUGGUCCCAAACUGGCCAAAGCUGGGAUACAGCGACGCCGGCACGGAGCUCAUGAUCGACACAGGGGAAUCACCCUACAUCAAGAGCCCUGGGAACCCCUUAACAUGGCAUGAUAUGGAGUGUUACAUGCAUGGGGUUGCCGGGACGCAAGGGAGCAACGGAGGGUUUGAGUUGGAGGUUGAUCGGGACAUCGCGUUGGUGAAUAAACACGAAGAUGCACUGAAGAAGGAGUAUUCGAUCCCACCGUCUUGGUGGGUGGUUCAGAACAAAGGUAUGGUGAAAGGCAAGGAUGGUCGGUGGCAUCUGGCCGACCAUGAGGAUGAUGAUGACUGA